UCUAUCCAAAUUUUUCCGGCCGUUAACCCUGUUUCUUGGAGGGGGUUACUGGAAAAAACGACCGAGAGAAAAAAGCCAUGUUCAAAACUAGCACAUCUUAGCAAUAAAGCUAACCAUCAUUUUCUUAUCUUUGUUAAAGUACUAAGCAGUAUGGUUGAUGAUUCUUUUAUUUGUUUUUUUCUUGCUAUAUCAGUUGGUGACAAGAUUAGGUGAUGCGAUUGCAACAGGCACAAGGGAUCAAGCUUUUGAUGCAUUGGUUGAAGAAUUGACCAGUCAAUUUGCCAGGAGCCAACAGUUAUUGAACUCCAUUUCAGGAACACUAAGCUCAAAAUCUGUUACGGUUGAAGGACAAAUGCAAAGUUUGGAAGAAACCCGUCAGCUGCUUGAUCAAAGAAAGGAUUUGAUCGCGAAAUACAAAAGCUCGGUGGAAGACCUCCUCAAGGGGGAUCCAACAAGAUAAAAAGGCUCUGACAGUCGGACCCUCAGAACAUUAGUUAUGAUGUAGCUCGUUACCACCACCGCCUGAAAUAAAUUCCUGAUCGACACGUCUUAUCAUGUAAACAUGCUUGGAGUAGUCUGUGGAGUAAGGGACAUGGGAUUUUGAAGUGGUGGUUACAAAGCCGCAUUUGUGUGUUGGGUGCGUGUACUUUGAGUUUUAUGAAGUCAUGGUUGAGUCCGCGUAAAAUGGACCAAGCAUAUAUGCAUGAAUGCCCCGAAUUCUUCAGCCUGAUCGGUUGGAUAUUAUGCACUGAACUUGUUUGAUGUCUAUCGGCAUAGAGAUAAUGUGAUAAUCCGGGGGCAA